GCCGUCCCGCCCCUUCGGGAGCCUGCUCUCCUGUCCUGUCAAUCCGUCCCGUCAGUGAGUUCCUGAGGUCAGGCCUUCAGCGCCCUCUCGCCAUGGCUGCCGCUCUCUCGAGGUCGAGCGUCCCCUCCCGGCGCGUGUUCGUGGUGGGCGUGGGGAUGACCAAGUUUCAGAAGCCUGGGCUUCAGGAUUCAGUGGACUACCCUGACCUGGCAAAAGAAGCAGGCCUGAAGGCUCUGGCUGAUGCCCAGAUCUCUUACUCGGAAGUGGAGCAGGCAUGUGUCGGCUAUGUGUAUGGUGAAUCCACCUCUGGCCAGAGGGCUGUCUACCACAGCUUGGGACUGACCGGAAUUCCGAUCUUCAAUGUGAAUAACAAUUGUUCCACCGGCUCCACGGCCUUGUAUAUGGCUAGACAGCUGGUCCAGGGCGGUUUGGCAAACUGUGUGUUGGCGCUUGGGUUUGAGAAGAUGGAGAAGGGCUCCCUCGGAAUUAAAUUCUCAGACCGGACCAAUCCAAUAGACAAACACGUGGAGAUGAUGGUGGACAAGUAUGGCCUGUCCUCAGCUCCUGUAGCAGCUCAGUUGUUUGGACAUGCCGGCAAAGAACACAUGGAGAAAUAUGGUACAAAAAUUGAACAUUUUGCAAAAAUUGCUUGGAAGAAUCACAAGCAUUCAAUCAAUAACCCGUAUUCCCAGUUCCAGCAGAAGUAUAACUUGGACGAGGUGAUGAAUUCUCGAAAAGUCUUUGAUUAUCUGACUGUCUUACAGUGUUGUCCCACUUCGGAUGGUGCGGCCGCAGCGAUCCUAGCUAGUGAAUCUUUUGUGCUCAAGCAUAACCUGCAGUCCAGAGCUGUGGAGAUUGUGGCCCAGGAGAUGGUGACAGACCUCACAAGCACCUUCAAGGACAACAGCAUGAUCAAAGUGGUGGGCUUUGACUUGAGUAAAGAAGCAGCCAGAAGGUGCUAUGAGAGGUCUGGGCUGCAGCCGAAGGAUGUGGAUGUCAUUGAGCUUCACGACUGUUUCUCUGCUAAUGAGCUCAUCACUUACGAAGCUCUGGGGUUGUGUGCCGAAGGAAAGGCAGGAGAGCUGAUUGACAGAGGAGACAACACUUAUGGAGGGAAGUGGGUCAUAAACCCCAGCGGUGGAUUGAUUUCCAAGGGCCACCCCCUUGGGGCUACAGGCCUGGCGCAGUGCGCUGAGCUCUGCUGGCAGCUGCGCGGGGAGGCGGGCCCGAGGCAGGUUCCGGGGGCGAAGGUCGCACUGCAGCAUAACCUGGGCCUUGGCGGAGCCGCGGUGGUGACACUGUACAGGAUGGGCUUCCCCGACGAUGCUUCAGUGGCCGGCAGAGGUCUUCGAAUUGAAGCUUUUCCCACCCAUGCAGCAUCUGAUGGAUUUAAGGCAAAUCUUAUCUUUAAAGAGAUUGAGAAGAAGCUGGAAGAGGAAGGAGAACAGUAUGUGAAGAAAAUUGGUGGCGUUUUUGCCUUCAAGGUGAAAGAUGGCCCCGGCGGGAAAGAAGCCACCUGGGUGGUGGAUGUGAAAAAUGGCAAAGGCUCCGUGGCAGUGAAUUCAGAUAAGAAGGCUGACUGCACCAUUACGAUGGCUGACACGGACUUACUGGAUCUAAUGACUGGCAAGAUGAAUCCGCAGUCGGCUUUCUUUCAAGGCAAACUGAAAAUUACUGGCAAUAUGGGGCUGGCCAUGAAGCUGCAGAGCCUCCAGCUGCAGCCUGGCAAAGCGAAACUCUGAGUGCCGUGGAGAAGCCUUCUCCAGACCAUCGAGACGUUGUGGAUGUGCAUGGGAUUUGGUGUGGGGUGUGUACUAUGUGUGCGUGCAUGUGUGCACACACACACACAUGCAUGUAUGUCUGUGUUCUCACAGGCAGAAGCUAGCCAGCAAUGGAUCAGCACUCGUGUGACCAUUGGGGGCAUUGGCCUUGUCCUUCUUUAAGCCCUGUAUUAACAGAGCUCAGCAGUACUACUGUGACCUUGCCCAAUUACAUAAAACUCGGCACUGAAAAGUUAAUGGGGUAAUUAUAGUCUGGCUUAAAUUGAGGCACAGGGUAGAGCAGCAAAAUCCAAGAACUCCGUAAACAAAAGAUCUCAUCUUGCUUCUAAAAUAAUUUAAGGAUCAUUCUGCUGAGAUUUCAAUUUUAGAGUUUUCCUUGGGAGAACUGGAUGAAACAAAAUACCACUAGCUGGGCAGUAAUUAGUGUUGUACACUUGAAAACCUAAUCUAUUUUCCUUCAUAUUUUUAAAAAUGCUGUAAUGGAACUUGAAUUUUUAAAAAGAAUUUAAUUCUUUGUUUUUGUGUCACUGAAAGGGAUCAGUAAAGAGUCACGGAGAGAGAGAGACCUCUGUCAUCUCUUUUAAAAUCAAACCCCUUUAUGAGGAGGGAGGUUUUCUUUUUGAAAAAUCAGGUGUGUGAGAUUCUUGAACCAACACAAUUAAGUGGGCAAUAAAAUUGCUUUGAGAGGCACAGUAUUUAUUGGCUUGACUUCAUUAAGCAAACUUUUCCUUCUUCCUUCCUUAUAACUUUACUACUUCAUAUGUUAAAUUGCUUAACCUGAUUUACUUUUUCUGGUGUGUGAAUGUUAAUUAUGCAACACUUCUUUUUAACUUUCUUGUAAUUUCCUAAGAUGGAGGUAAAUAAUGACUUUGAUCAAAGAUUUACUAGAAGAUUAAAUUUGCUUUUCCUGG